GUGACAGUGUAGAGUGGUCGAAGGGACUUCGUCUCCCAACUUCUUUUAAAGAUUUCUCUACCUCACCAUGGCAAUCUCUGCACUUGGAUGAAAUGGCUUGUUGGAGGAAUGCCACUUUUAGCUCAUAAUCCUUUGAUCAUCAUAGCUUGUGUUGUCUAUCCAUGGCUUGGAUCUGCACAAUCAACCAAAUAUGACACUGGUAAGACGACAAUGCAUGGGAAACCAGCUUACUCUAUCAAUAUUUGCCUCGUCUUUGGGUGAAAAGGAAAGAUAGUCUGAAGUCUGAACCUUGAGAUAUGCAUAAAAGGAAUUAAAUUAGGAUCAUAUGUAACAAGAAUUAAAUUAUGUGACCCGACCCGAGCCGAUGGCAUGGCCAUUGGGUGGGUUACCCUUAAAUAACCACACACUUGGUCUUGGGCUCACCUAAUCCAAUUAUUUAGAUUUGGGCUCAUAAAGUAUGGAGCCCUUUAGGCUUGUAGACAAGCAGGGAAUUAAAAGUUGAGACGUUGA